AUGUGUUCUGAGUAUCUCUGUGUUGUUUUGUCUUCCUUAGAGAAUCUGUGGAAUGUGGAAUUACCUGUUGACGAAAAUAGGCCAAUGAAGGAAUUGCAAUUGAAGUCUAUUGAUUGCGAAAAGGGUGACAUAAAAAACGUGGUCUUUAAUGUGGAAAGUUCAUUGAAUAUGUCGAUUUUUGUUGAGACAGGUGAAUAUUCAGGACAACCAUAUCAACCAGCCGGAAACCAUCGACUGCUGGAAUAUCGCUGUUUUUACGAGUACACAAAGGACCCAAAUGCAGCCGAGGGAACAGAAGCAGUGUUCCAGGAGCCGCUAAUGAUGAGUGUUUUGUAUCCGAGGAUCGAUACAAAUUUCAACAUGGGAAGUUACAUUAGUUUUGCGGACUACGAACUGAGGGAGUGUGGCAAUGUGUCAGAACUCGAACCAUGUGAAGUGGUUAGGAGCAAUCUGAAGAUCAUUGCACGGUCAAUUGGAUCGAACAUGAAGAGAGGCGUUCUUCGUGGCAGAAGUUGUGGAAAGCUGUCACGGGCAGUUUUUACAAGAUGUCUGUCUAUUUUCAAUUUGAAGAGUCCUAAAGAAAGUGAGGAGAGUGUUUCGCCUGAAGAGGUUUACUCCUUUUUGAGCUGGGUUGGGCAAUGGCCAAUUGCAACAAAAGAGGGAAUGAAGAAAUUCAUCGAGGAGGCAUGUCCUUUGUUGUACGAGUAUCAGGACGACAAGCCGCAUCAUUGGAAUGUUCGCACUUUGAGUUUAUUUUUGCGGUGUUUGAGUGCUAUGAGAUUGUUUCUAUAUGACGGACAACACCGGUUCACAGUUUCGAGGUGUGUUGGCGAAGGACAACUUUUCAUGGGACCUGACGUGCCGCUGGACGGGUAUGGAAGGAAGUACUUUGACUUGGAAGAAAAUUUGGAUAAACUUCCAGUAGGAAAAGGAAAUUUUGAAGUUUCAAAAACACAAGAGAAAAUGCAAACUCGUGUGAGGUAUGGUUGGAAUGCAGAGGACGUUUCUUGGAAGGAAUGGCUGGCAUUGUGCAAAGAGUUUGGUGCUGCGACAACAGAAGGAGGGAAGAAGCAGGUUUUGACUACGCAUCGUUCUACCCUGGCAGAGUUUUUCGAACACAUGGAGGAUGAAGGAAAGUUGGAUGAAUUGAAAGAGCUAAAGUUUGAAGUUGAGGUUGGGAAGAACAAAGAAAAGAGAACUGUGGGUUUCUGGAAGGCCCCAUGGGAAAUGGUUUUACAGCGUGUUUUGGAAAAUCACUUGAUGUGGUUCGCGGAAUACCGGCUUUUCAUGAAAAAGCAGCACAAAGAUUCGCUGUUGCGACCUCAUGGAGUGGCCGAAAAAGACUAUUGGCUUGCUUUGGAGUAUUCAUUUCACAUUGCUCCAGUAUAUCCUUUGGGACGCAUGGACGUACAGAGACUGGUGGUCGGGAGGAUGGUUCCUCCUAAAAAACAGAAGGCAAAGUUGACAAAGGCAGAGGAAAUGUACAUUGCGUUUCGGAAAAAGAAUCCCUUUGAUGGUGCAACAAUACAGAAUGGGAGCCAAGUCAUGUACACAUUGUGUCGAUUAGGGAUGUUUGCACCGAAGAUGGUUCAUGACUUGGUGAAAUUUAACGGCGGGCAUUUCAUGAAUCAGUACGUUCAAUACCCAGAAAUGGCGAAAAGAGACGAGAUCAGAGCGAUGAUGACUUCCCCUCUAUGGAUUCAGCAUAAUGUAUUGUACAUUGCUGCGAGGGUGGCCGAAAUGGUGCUUGACCGUGCUUUGGUAGACAAGUUGGAACUCUUCCUUACCUGGAAAGGUGCAAGGGCAGGGAGGAACGGGAAAAAAACACCAUGGCAGCUGCCAAAACACUGUCCUUUGUUUGCAGAGGCGAAGAAGGUUGAAAAAGUCCAAAAAGAUUUGAUGUCGAAGGAUGCGGAUAAGAAUGCGAAAGUUCACUUUAAGGACUUUAUUUUGUCUUUCAUUGAAGUGAGGGACGAAAUGAAAUUUGGCUUAAGCGACAAAUUGUUGGGUUUGCAACGCCAAGGACCAACGGUGAAGAAGAUUCUUCUGAGUCUGAUCACUUCCAUCACGCGCAACAUAUUACGAACCGUGAACCAUUUGGGCUACAAUCCUCUGCUGGUUGAGUUUAAGGAAAAGACAGCAGCACAGAAUUGGACGUAUCGGCUGUACACAGAGUGA